UUUAUAAGUAUAAUUGCUUUUAGGUUAUGUAUUCAUAAUAUAAAAUUAUCAAAUGAUAGCUUGUCAAACAACAGGAAUAUAAAAAUAAAAAGAUAUACAUUUUCAUAUGAUUUAAUGAAAAUUAUUAAUGGCUGCAAUUGAUAAAGUUAAGAUUAUUGUCCUUGGCGAUUCUGGUGUGGGAAAAACAUCAUUAACACAUUUAAUAUGUCAACAGCAACCUAUUAAUAAUCCUUCGUGGACUAUAGGUUGCUCAGUAGAAGUUAAAUUACAUGAAUAUAAAGAAGGAACUCCUAAUCAAAGAAGAUAUUUUAUUGAAUUAUGGGAUAUUGGGGGAAGUCAAAAUCAUAAAAAUACAAGAUCUGUAUUUUAUAAUCCUACAAAUGGUAUCAUAUUGGUUCAUGAUUUAACAAACAGAAAAUCACAACAAAAUCUUCAAAAAUGGCUUGAAGAAGUUUUGAGUAAAGAUAGCAAUUAUAUGAAAUCAAAAUCAUUUGAUGAUUUUGAUCCUGAAAAAUUUGUAGGAUCUACACAAAUACCAAUUUUAGUUAUUGGUACAAAAUUAGAUCUAGUUGCUGAAGUUAGAACAAGUGUACAAAGACGUUCCUCAACUAUUGCAGAAGAAUGUGGUGCUGAUGAAAUAUUUUUGGAUUGUCAUCAAGUGAGAUCACUUGCAGCUGGCUCUAGCUCCUCUGUUAAAUUAAGUAGGUUUUUUGAUAAAGUUAUUGAAAGACGUUAUUAUUCUCCAAAGGAAGGAAUCAGUCCUGAUAAACGAAAACUGCCAAUAUAUAUCCCAUACAGUUCAAAAAUUUAUCACAAUGAUUAAAAACUUCACUAGAUAAAAAAUUCACUUUUUUUAUUUUAGCAUUAAUAGAAUUUUUAUUCUUAAAUUUUAACAUUACAUUCCUAAUUUUUAUGAAAUACAUAUUUGUAGCAAAAUGAAAAUAAAAUAUAAAUAAAUAAUUAUUUUAAAUAAUUAAGAUAUUUAUAUAAAAUAUAAUAAAAUUAGACAUUUUGAAUUAAAUAUUAAAUGU